CAUUAAGUGUAUUCCCCGCUUGACUGGGUUUAUAUAUUCAGCUGUAAUGGCUUGUCCAAGGACAAUUGGGCAGUCCCAAACCCAUACACCUGCAAUAUGUCGACCUCCCCCAUCAGAACCGUCGGCGUAAUUGGCGCCGGCGUCAUCGGCGCGAGCUGGACAGCCCUAUUCCUCGCCAAAGGGCUGAAGGUGAUCGCCACCGAUCCUGCCCCAGGCGCUGAAGCCAAGCUGCGCGCCUACUUGCAAGAAUAUUGCUCUGCAGUCCCAAACCCCACCCUCGAUGCCGCGACAUGUCUGCAGAACUUCACGUUCGUGCCGGACAUCGACCCGCAUCUCGAACGUCUAGACCUAAUCCAAGAGAACGGGCCCGAAAGACUAGACCUCAAGCGCCGGCUGUUCGCGCACCUCGACGCCAAGACCCCGUCGCACGUCCUCAUCGCCUCCUCCUCCUCCGGCCUCCCCGCCAGCCAGUUCGUCACCGACUGCACGAACAACCCUUCGCGCAUCCUCAUCGGCCACCCCUUCAACCCGCCCCAUCUCGUGCCGCUGGUCGAGAUCGUCCCGCAUCCCGGCACCGCGGAGGAAUACGUGACCGCCGCGUACCGCUUCUACGAAAGUCUCGAGAAGGACCCCGUGAUCGUCCGCCAGGAAACGCCGGGCUUCAUCGCCAAUCGUCUGCAGGCGGCGGUCUGCGCUGAGGCGUACAGCCUCGUUUCGAGGGGGGUUGUCUCACCGGAGGACUUAGAUAAAACGAUGGCCUCCGGCCUUGGGCUCCGGUGGGCACUCAACGGGCCGCUGAUGACCAACACCCUCGGUGGCGGAGCGAGCUUUGCGCAUUUCAUCGACCAUCUGGGUCCCGCGCUGAAGUCGUGGUUGGAGGAUAUGGAGGCGCAUAAGUUCGAUUGGAGCUCGGAAGAUACCGUGGAGGGGUUGAAGGACACGGUCAAUGGAUGGGUAUCGCAGGUCGAUUUGAAGGAGGUGGAAGGGCGGCGGGAUGUGCUGUUGGCUGAUUUGGUAAGGAAGAAAUUGGAUCAGGAGGGGAAGUCGGGGUAGGGUGCAUAUAUUUGGGAGGGGAUCAUGAUCUUCUAAUGUGUAGCGAUAUGUAC